ACCAGAAACCGAGUUAUCCAAACCAAACCGAAUGGAAGUGGGAAGCCCAUUUAACGAUGAUGCGGCCCUGCUGCGUCUCUAUUAAAACAAUAUCAAAGAGGAAAGAAGAUGUAGAGAGAGAGAACUAGGGUUUCCAGACCAUGAGUCUCCAUCUUUGCGACAACGUUGUUCCUUUGGAUCUGCAGAUCAAGAUUCUUAGCCUCCUGCCUUCAAAAUCCCUAGCUAGGUUUAUGACCGUAUCUAAAUCAUGGCAAGAAAUCAUCAGCAGCAAGAGUUUCAUCAGAUCGCGAUCCUUGACUCAUCCUUUGCGUUUCCUCCUCGCUUUAUACGAUACAGAUUACGAAACUGAUCACAUAAGUUACAGCUUCUUCUCUUCUUCGUCGUCAUCAUCAUCGAUACCAACCACUUUUCUAUCCAAAGUAACUUUGCCUCUCCAUAAAACCUAUUACCCUACUUAUUACGUUAAUGGUUUGCUGAACAUAGGAGAGAUCAUAUGUAACCCUUGCACCGGAAAGACCGUAUAUUUACCAGAGAAUAUUGUCUGCGGAAGAACAGGCACAGCCGAGCGCUUUUUCGGAUAUGAUCCUGUCAAUAACCAGUACAAAGUAUUGUGUCUCACCCCGUAUACUGAAGGAGACACAAAAACGAAUUACGUUCAGGUAUUCACAUUGGGAGCUAAGCCUAAAACAUGGAGAUUUAUCGAUUGUGACAUUCCUCACAUAACUUGGUCUGACGGUCUGUGCAUUGAUGGGUCUUUGUACUACAUUGCCAGCCUGGACAAAGGAAUGUGUCUGAUGAGAUUCGAUUUGAACUCUGAGAAGUUUGAUAUCUUUGCUAGAUUAUCUAAGAAAAUGGAUACUUUGUUUUUUCUUGACGAAGGUUCAAAAACUUUGAUAAAUUACCAUGGCAAAGUAGCCAUGGCCAUUCGACCUUCUUACUCAGCGCCUUCGGUUGAUUUGUUCGUUUUCCAAGCAGGAAAACAGGAUUACAAAGCGAAGUCUUUUGAUAAUAUUCCCCAGCUUCAUUUACCUAUAAAAGGUGUUAUUAAUCAUAUGGGUGACAUUGUUUUUGCACCUCUCCAUUCCAGAAUUGAGGUUAAUGUUAUCCACCACGAUCUCAAGGGAGCUAGUUUUGAGAAGAUGAAGUUUGAUGUUGACGCAAAGAGUGGAUUGGAAUUUAGGUCAAAUUAUUUCAUGGGUUACGUAGAGAGUCUUAUGCUGCUGUAAUUAAGUUAGAGAGAGUUGUUAUUAUUUCCUUCGUUUGCUAUCGGAUGUUGCCAUUACAGUUCAUGUCUCUUGUCUAAACAUGUUAUUCUCUUUUGUAUGCAUACAAAUCUUUCCUAUAUAUAUAUUCAGUUAAACUCGAUAUGUUGUUGCUUAUAACUUUUGCCUUGCACAAUGCAGAAGAGAGUAAAAAGCAUGGUCUCCCAUGGCUUGUCCAGGCCACUAAAGCAUAUUUCGACAUCACAUUAUUACAAUAAGUUCGUUGAAGACUGAGCAUGUUUAAAAAAAAAAAAGACUGAGCAUGUUUGGAGACUUGUGAACAUAUAUACAAAAUAAAAAACCUUGAUUAAAAGCGAAACAGAAACUUUACUAAAUUUAUAAUAUUAAUAAUAAAAAACCUUAAACUGCGUACAUUAGUUUAUAGAUAGAGUAAAUUGGUGUAAUAUAACUAACUAUGAGGAAGAAAGCACCAAUUCCACACGGAUUCUCUUGCCGAGGGAUUCUAGUGAAUUGACCAUGACUUUCUCUCUCUAAAUCCUCCCAAAAACUAAUUUCAUAUUUGCUCUGUUUGGUGGCCGGGGUCCUCUCUUCCGCCUGUCACCAUCCCCUUUCUCUAUAUUUCACUUUCCACCUCCUUCCCUCACUAUCUCUUUUAUCCACUUUUAUAUACUUGCUUCUCUGGAUCUCCACUAGGUCUCUUCUGUUUCGCCAGCGGUUUUAAACGAGUAACCGAGUGUCGUUAGUGUCUUCGUCGUCUCUAGAGGAGCGGUGAAUUGCUGGUUUCGUUUGGUUAGCUGAAGGGUCCCCUCCCCUAGGGUUGUUUCUUUCGUUGUACUCUGCCUCUUGGACGCUUUCUUAGCAUACCUUCUACGAGAUGUAGCUGGAAUAGAGAGUAUAAACAGUUGCCUACAUUUCAAGAGACUACUUGUGUUUCAAUGAAUGCUUUUGUUUAUGACCUUUUGGAUCUAUAAGUACUUCCUCCUUGAGCUUAAC